AGGCUGUAGCUAACUAACUCAUAAUUCAUAAAGAAAAAACGCAACCAUGUAUGCUUCAACUUCCUUCACUUCACACAUAGUUCAUGACCUUGUCAUACAAUCUCACUCAAGAAGGUUACUCAUGCUCCCAAAUCCACUUGCUCAUCACGAUUCCUCACCACCUCCAACAAGCGAUUUAUACCUCGGAAACAGUUCUUUCGAUGCCAACGUUGUCAUGGUCCUCUCCGUCCUCCUAUGCGCACUUAUCUGCUCCUUAGGAUUGAACGCAAUCAUAAGGUGUGCUUUGAGGUGUUCCGAUUUGGUAAUCAACGACUCAUCAUCGUCGUCAAAUCCUAGCCCUUCAUCAUCAAGUAGUCGAUUGGCCAACACGGGAAUCAAGAAGAAAGCUUUGAAGACUUUUCCGAUAAUCACAUACGAGUCAACUGAGUUAAACAAAGUCCCUGGUUUGGACACCGAGUGUGUGAUAUGCCUCUCGGACUUCACAAAUGGUGAAAAGUUGCGCAUUCUGCCAAAAUGCAACCAUGGCUUCCAUGUUAGCUGCAUUGACAAGUGGCUCACUUCUCAUUCAUCUUGCCCCAAGUGCAGACACUGCCUAAUUCACACGUGCCAAAAGAUUGUUGGCGGAACUACUCAUCAUCCUCCUCCUCCUCCUCUACCUCAAACCAUUAUAAGGAUUGAACCACUGGACCCAGAAACCAUGGUGCGUAAUUAUAUAUAGAUAGCAACCAAACUAAAUUAGUAUGCAUAGAACUUUGGUACGGUUCUGUUCUGUUUAGUGAAGCCAAAGGCUAUAUAGCUACCCAACACCAAUAUACCCAUAAACAAUAGGUGGUGGUAGUUGGUGAUGAAAAUUAUGUUUAUUUAUUUUAUUUUAUUUUUUUUUUCCACUUAGGAUGCUUGUUCUUUUUGGAAAAGAAAAAAAUGAAAAGAUCAUCAAAUUGUAACUGCAUAUUCUUUUUUGUUUUCAAUUGCCUUUAAUAAUGUUUAAUUGCUGAGAAAAUUAAAAUUGAAGUAGUACGGUAAGCUUUAAUUUGUUGUCCAAAUCAUUGCUAACAGCAACGUCCGUUACGCCAUUG